AAAUUUGCGCCAAAUUCUCCUAAAAACAAACUAAUCAUGGAAUCGGAAGGCACCACUUCAGGAAAUCAGCCGGAAACAAUCGUUGAAAAUCCUGUUAUACCCGAGUCCGAGGAGAUCGAUUUCGGCGAUGACACAUUCCCAGUUCAGACGGUAACGGAACAGGAGAAAGAGAGCGAUGAAAUCCAACCCGAUCAAGGGGAAACGGAAGCUGAAGGAGAGAACGACGUUGAAACGGAAGAAGCACCCGAAGAAGAGUUAAUCGAAGAUACGGAACUAGAAGCGGACUCAGCCGAGCAACCAGAUGACCAGCCUACAAAAGAGGCAACAUCCGCUAGGAAAGAACCUGCCGAGCCGCGUCUAGUCCAGUUGCCGCUCAGCAAAAUCAAGCAGAUCAUGAAGCUCGACCCGGACGUGAACAUCGUGUCGGCGGAAGCCAUCUUCCUGGUGACCCGGGCCGCCGAACUUUUUGUGCAGAAUUUGGCCAAGGAAGCGUACACACAUACGGCGGCCGGCAAGAAGAAAACGAUCGCAAAGCGGGACGUCGACAUGACGAUCGAAUCCGUCGAUACGCUCAUGUUUCUCGAGGGAAUGAUGAACGUGUGAUUGUCACGGAUGCCGAAGAUUGUCGUUGUAGUAACGUUAUCAAAGACCUAAAUUUAAUUUUAAAUCUUGUAAGACGCUAGUUAUUAAAAUAUUUAGUUUCACCAAUGGGU